CCUCCUCCCUCUCCUCUCCACUCUCCUCUCCUCGUUCAGGAGUCCCCCCAGGACAGCGCCAUCACCAGGGACAUCAACCGGACCUUCCCGGCCCACGACUACUUCAAAGACACGGGCGGGGAUGGGCAGGACUCACUGUACAAGAUUUGCAAGGCUUACUCAGUGUAUGAUGAGGAGAUUGGCUACUGCCAGGGUCAGUCCUUCCUAGCUGCAGUGCUGCUGCUACACAUGCCAGAGGAGCAGGCCUUCAGCGUUCUGGUCAAGAUCAUGUUCGACUACGGACUCAGGGACCUCUUCAAGCAGAACUUUGAGGAUCUACAUUGCAAGUUCUUCCAGCUGGAGAGGCUCAUGCAGGAGUACAUCCCAGACCUCUAUAACCACUUCCUGAACGUGGGCCUGGAGGCACACAUGUACGCCUCCCAGUGGUUCCUCACACUCUUCACCGCAAAGUUCCCCCUCUACAUGGUCUUCCAUAUCAUUGACCUGCUGCUCUGUGAGGGCAUUAGUGUGAUUUUCAACGUAGCUCUGGCCCUUCUGAGGACCUCCAAGGACGACCUGAUCCAGACAGACUUCGAGGGGGCGCUCAAGUACUUCCGGGUCCCGGUUCCCAAGCGGUACCGGUCAGAGGAAAACGCUAAGAAGCUGAUGGAGCUGGCCUGUGGCAUGAAGAUCAGCCAGAAGAAGCUGAAGAAGUAUGAGAAGGAGUACCACACAAUCAGAGAGCAGCAGGAGCAGCAGGAGCCUCCCAUCGAGAGAUACGAGAGAGAGAACCGCCGUCUCCAAGAGGCUAACAUGCGUCUGGAGCAGGAGAAUGACGACCUGGCCCACGAGCUGGUCAGCAGCAAGAUCGCCCUGCGCAAGGACCUGGACAAUGCUGAGGAGAAGUCUGAUGCUCUGAACAAGGAGCUCCUGAUGACCAAGCAGAAGCUGGUGGAGGCUGAGGAUGAGAAGAGACGUCUGGAGGAGGAGUCUGCACAGCUGAAGGAGAUGUGCAGGCGAGAGCUGGAUAAGUCCGAGUCUGAGAUCAAGAAGAACGGCUCCAUCAUAGGAGAAUACAAACAGAUCUGCUCCCAGCUGAGUGAGCGCCUGGAGAAGCAGCAGACCGCCAACAAGGCCGAGCUGGAGAAGAUCCGGCUGAAGGUGGAGGGCUGUGAGAAGUGCAGCAGCCUGUUCAACAAGGAGGGCAGGGUGAAGGCGGUGAGCUCGGCGGCCCUGGGCAGCGAGGAGGAGGCCGACGAGGAGAAGGAGGAGCUAAAGAGCCAGCUGAGGGAGAUGGAGCUGGAGCUGGCCCAGACCAAGCUGCAGCUGGUGGAGGCAGAGUGCAAGAUCCAGGAUCUUGAGCACCACCUGGGGCUGGCUCUCAACGAGGUCCAGGCUGCCAAGAAGACCUGGUUCAACCGGACGCUCAGCUCCAUCAAGACUGUGACGGGAGCCCAGGGCAAGGAGACCACCUAAACGGACCAUGGAACGUCAGCGCACACCCUCGACCCCCCCCAACCCGACCCCUCCCCCUGACUGUUCCCUCCCUCCUCCUAUCUGAGCGCCUCCAUAUUCCCUCCCCUCCCCCCCUCCCCCCCUCUCUCUCGUGGACCUGAGCAUAGCCCACAGAGGGGGGGAGAGAGGUUUUAAUAGAGGACAACCUCCAUGGUACCACUGCCCCAAAACGAUGUACUUACUGAUUAGAAUAAUGAAUAUAGAAAGACUUCCCGUUUAGGUCUCUAUACUACUGAUAUUUAACUUGACAGAUACACAGACAGGCAGACAGGCUGACAGACAGGAGAUGAAGGUGCCGUACUAACCUGUGAUGAAACACUCCCGUCCUUCACAAACAAACUACUGGCACAAACACACACACAGACCAACAAAUGAGUCAGACUCCAAACUAGGUACGAGAGCUAACAAAUGCAUUUUUAAACUGAGCUUUUUCUAAUUUCUGUUCAAACAAAAUCUUUCUUUUCUAUGUAUGUACAUGACAAUGCGUAUGUAUAGUGUGUGUGAAAAAAGACUGAGCUGUGUGUGUGUGUAUGCGCGCAAGUGCGCGCGUUCCGGGAGAGCACUAAAGCAAUUGUGUGUGUGUGUGUGUGUGUGUUUAAGCAUGAGUGUGUGUGUGGGAUCGAGUGUGUAUUUGUGCAUGCUUGUGUGGGUGAUUAGGUUCUCGAGGACCUGGUGUUUCCUGUGACGUUCAACUGUGUAUGAUGUGUCAGGAAGAGGAAGUGGGUGGCAGGAAGGGGAGGAGCUAUAUGACGAAGCCUUUGAUGCGAAGGUUGAGCUGAGGAUGUAACUGUACAUAGAUAGAGUAGGAUCAUGUGACUUGUGCUGAUGCCAAACCCGGGUUAAGCACAUGAUCAUAUUUGAGGUGUACUUGAUUUGCCUAGCCCAGCACAACUGAACAAAUUGAAGAUCCUAAGCGUACACACUCCUGCAUGCGAGGGGUGGUAAAUUAAGGGCACCUCAAGUGCAUGUGGCCCUGGUUGGGUUGGGAGUAGUAGGGCUAAAUCAUGGGAAGUUGUUGCAGAUUGGUGCAUCUCUUUGACCACACCCACGUCCGUUUUUUAAGAGCUGACUGCUCCACAGGCCCCUCCCCCUAGGGUAGAUGGUUUACUACCUUGUAGGUUAGGUGAAACUACACAUGAUACCUACUAGAUGGAUACACAACACAUGCACAGACACACACUUGUGGCGGCCACUUACCAUUUAGGGAGGAACUUUCACCGGUGUUACAGUCGAUAUUACAUGACACUGUGUACUCCGGGGCCUCGGAGGGUCAGGCAGACUAAGGAGGGAGACAGGUCUGUACUAGUCUGUGGGGGUGAGGAGGGUCAGGCAGACUAAGGAGGGAGACAGGUCUGUACUAGUCUGUGGGGGUGAGGAGGGUCUUGGCACCUUAUGGAUAUUUAUUCUGGGAUGUGGCUUGUUCAAAGUUGUGGCUGUAGCAGGAUGAAAUGUUGUCACAGGAAGGCUGUGGUUUCUGUGUUUGCUGAGAACAACAGCAGACUGUUGGCACUGGGUUGUACAUAAGAAGCAUUAUGAUAUGACGAAUAUAUGACUUUUUUUGUUUAUGAUUUUGUAUUUCUACUCCUCUGUAAUUCUGAAAACUAAUGUUGCCUAAUUGUACCAUGUUACAGAUUAAUGACAUUUAGAUUUGUUUUAAUUUCAUCUCUUUAUUUUGUUUUUUUGUUUUUUUUUGCUCAAAGCUUCCGUCUUAAGUGUCCAACUGCUGUCUUAUCCGUUAUGCCAAAACGUACCUUUAUCAUACAAUAUUAUCAGCGUGUGGACAUUGUAAUAGUGUACUAGGUUGCAUUCUAUAUACUUCAUGAAUUUCAAUAAAAAGCUAUGAACACA